AAGAAAAAAUAGAACUAUUGUUUGAAAAGAACAUAAAUUCAAACUCUUUUGCUGCUCAACUCGAUUUCUCAAGCGGAACCCCAAAUCAAGUUCCGGCGCCGGAUGGAAGAGAUUGCCGCAUUCUCCUCCGCCGAUGCCGACAAAGCUCUGAAGGAUUGCGAACGCAUGAUUCAGAAGAGUCUCAAAUCUCCAAUCGUGAAAUUCUUGAGGGAACACUUGGAGAAAGCUGGGUGUCCUGUUCAAGACAAUUUCUUCAAAGCUAUCAAGUGUGAUAAGUUUCAUGCCGGCGGUUACAUUCCCGGUGAAGGGAUAGUUGUGUGUGGAAAUCGAACAGAAAUGCAAGAUGAUGUUAACCAGGCUAUAACUCAUGAGCUAAUUCAUGCCUUUGAUGACUGUCGAGCUGCAAACUUGGAUUGGACUGAUUGUGCACAUCAUGCUUGUAGUGAGAUAAGGGCUGGUCAUCUAAGUGGUGAUUGUCAUUUCAAACGGGAACUUCUACGAGGAUUUAUAAACAUACGAGGGCAUGAACAAGAAUGCAUCAAAAGAAGAGUUUUGACAUCACUGUCUUCAAAUCCUUUUUGCUCUGGUUCAACUGCCAAGGAUUAUAUGGAAUCUGUAUGGGAUGUUUGUUAUAAUGAUACAGCACCUUUCGAUAGAGCUCCUUAAAAUUUGCAUGUGGUUACCAGUGUAUGGGAUGUUUCUUUGCCUCAACUGACCAAAAGUGUAAUUAAAGAAAACGACGACUUAUUUAUUUUUAGCUCAGAUCUCUUUAUCUUUUUGAAGUUGUAACUGUAUAUGGAAACUUUUUUUCUUCUCAUAAGUUUCUUGGUUUUCAUAAAUGGAUGUUAGUUGAACA